UGACCGGAAUGCCGAUCGAUACGUUGUUGGCUGGUCGUGAAGCGUUCGGGGGAAUGCUCGAGCUCGACCUACCGUUAACUUGCUACACGCUAUACGCUCAGUACGAAUUGUGCACGCAGUUUAGACGGUAAUUUUUGCCUCGCUACCUACGAAUCCGUGUCAUGGAGAACGGAAUUAUACGACGUCUCGUUAAAUUAUAUGGGUGUCACCGAUCACUAUGGGAUCCCAAACAUUGCGAUUAUUAUAAUAAGAGUAGAAGGGAAGCGGUAUGGAACGAAAUAUCCAGAAAUACAAAUGUUCCUGCUAAAGAACUGAAAAGAAAAAUGACGUCACUCUUGGGAUCUUACAGGCGAGAAAAGUCCAGAGAAAAAAAGAGUCGUAUUAAUGGAUUAGGGGUUUAUAAAUCAAAGUGGUUUGCGUGGCCAUGGUUUCACUUUCUCUCUGAAAGAAACGACAUACAGGAUGACAUAUCUGACGACAUCACCGAUACAUUGGAUAAUGAGAGGACUUCAAGCGUGUCGGCACCACAAUAUGAAGGAGAUAUACAGAGUCCACGUAGCAGUAGUCCAAUGUCGUCGAAUCAAUACAAUGAAGUCCAGCUCUCUAAAAAAAUGAAAGUGGAAAUUGAUGAGGAGUAUUUAGAUGAAUUGGAAACGCCUAUGGAAGAUUUACCAUCCUAUGUUCAAACUAAGAACGAUGAAUUUGAAGCAUUUGGUGGUUCCAUUGCCGCUCAAUUACGUGCUCUUCCAUUAGUGGAUGCUGUCGAACUGCAAAUGGAAAUUCAACAAUUAAUAUCGAAAAAACGCCUUUCACGGUUGAUUCCUCAAACUAACGAUUUAUAAAUAGGAAUAUGUUGGAUCAUAAAAUGGCGUCAGAGUUGGCUUAGAAAUGAUGAUUGAUGACAUUCUCCAUAUAAUUUUACAUAGAAAAUGACAGCGACCUUAAUUUCUGAGCCAUCUCUGACGCCGUUUUUUUUCGAUCAUAUUGUAUAAUAAUGAAUAUGAAACUGAGCUGGUGUGUGCUUUUACAGACGUAUUAUAUGUACCUAUAUAAUAAUAAUAACAUAUAACUUACAGUAUUAUAUACGCAAUUUUUA